AAGUCAGACAGUCGUUGAGCUGAGAGGUGAAAUGGCACAGAAUUCAGGUCAGCUGGACCACGAAACCUUCUGUUGUUCGAUCUGUCUGGAUCUACUGAAGGAUCCGGUGACGAUUCCCUGUGGACACAGCUACUGUAUGAACUGUAUUAAAACCCACUGGGAUGAAGGGGAUGAAAGGAGAAUCCACAGCUGCCCUCAGUGCAGGCAGACCUUCACACCGAGGCCUGUCCUGAUGAAAAACACCAUGUUAGCAGUUUUAGUGGAGCAGCUGAAGAAGACUGGACUCCAAGCUGCUCCUGCUGAUUCCUGCUAUGCUGGACCUGAAGAUGUGGCCUGUGAUGUCUGCACUGGGAGAAAACUGAAAGCCCUCAAGUCCUGUCUGGUCUGUCUGGUCUCUUACUGUGACAAACACCUCCAGCCUCACUAUGAUGUGGCUCCUCUAAAGAAACACAAGCUUGUGGAGCCCACUGAGAAGCUCCAGGAGAACAUGUGCUCUCGUCAUAAUGAGGUGAUGAAGAUGUUCUGCCGUACUGAUCAGCAGUGUAUCUGUUAUCUCUGCCCUGUGGAUGAACAUAAAGGCCACGACACAGUGUCAGCUGCAGCAGAAAGGACUGAGAGGCAGAGAGAAGUCGAGGUGAGUCUACAAAACAUCCAGCAGAGAAUCCAGGACAGACAGAAAGACCUGAAGGUGCUUCAACAGGAGGUGGAGGCCAUCAGUCGCUCUGCUGAUAAAGCAGUGGAGGACAGUGAGAAGAUCUUCACUCAGCUGAUCCGUCUCAUGGAGAAAAGAAGCUCUGAUGUGAAGCAGCAGCUCAGAUCCCAGCAGCAAACUGAAGUGAGUCGAGUCUUGGAGCUUCAGGAGAAGCUGGAGCAGGAGAUCACUGAGCUGAAGAGGAAAGACGCUGAGCUGAAGAAGCUCUCACACACAGAGGAUCACACCCAGUUUCUACACAACUACCCCUCACUGUCAGCACUCAGUGAGUCCACACACUCAUCCAGCAUCAACAUCCGUCCUCUGAGACACUUUGAGGAUGUGACGGCUGCUGUGUCAGAGCUCAGAGACAGACUACAGGACGUCCUGAGGGACACAUGGACAAACAUCUCAAAGGCUGAAGUGGAUGUUUUACCAUCAGGACCAGAACAAAAUACCAGAGCUGACUUCUUAAAGUAUUCACAUGAAAUCACACUGGAUCCAAACACAGCACACACACUGCUGUUAUUAUCUGAGGGGAACAGAAAAGUCACAGUAAUGAAUCAACCUCAGUCUUAUCCUCAUCACCCAGACAGAUUCACUGUCUGGUCUCAGGUCCUGAGCAGAGAGAGUCUGACUGGACGUUGUUACUGGGAGGUGGAGCGGACAGGAGGAGGAGUUUAUGUAGCAGUCGCAUACAAGAACAUCAGCAGAGCAGGGGGGUCGAAUGAAUGUGGAUUUGGAUUAAAUGACAAAUCCUGGUCGUUACGUUGUUACACAAACAAUUAUGAGUUUUCUUACAACAACAUCAAAACUCCUGUCUCAGGUCCUCAGUCCUCCAGAGUAGGAGUGUACCUGGAUCACAGAGCAGGUACUCUGUCCUUCUACAGCAUCUCUGAAACCAUGACUCUCCUCCACAGAGUCCAGACCACAUUCACUCAGCCUCUCUAUGCUGGACUUAGACUUUACUGGCCUUUUGGAGCCGCUGCUGAGUUCUGUAAUACUGAAAAUAUUAAACUGAAAUAGACAGAAGUCACAAAAAGCUGUAGGAUUUAGUGACACCUAGUGGUGAAUCGACAACUAACCGCAGACCAGCUGGACUCCCCCUCCUUUGGCCACUUCUAGCAGUUUAAGAAUUUAAACGCAUUUGUUUUGUUUCUGUGUUUGUUGCUAAGAGCAGAGAUCACCUGUCUAUCUAACACUGUAAAACUAAUUAAGGAGAUCAUUCAUUAUGUGCUUGUACACAGCUGAGAUUCUGGUCUGAUUGUGUGGAUGAAACGUGAACACAUGAAAUCACUGACCGAUUGAACGGACUUUACGGACGGGACGUGUGAACAGAAUGCGUGUUCACUCUAUGAAUAAACAAACAUGUGCCAAGCUUUUUCUUUUUGUC